AUUUCUGUCUCAAUCGUUUGAAAAGGAAAAAGCCUCCUGUUAAAAUUACAGCUCCAGUUUGUAUCGAUCAUAAAAAAUGGCGGCUAAGAAGCGAAGCAGCCGAAUUAGUUCCAGCUCGAGCUCCAGCUCAAGCCGCCAAUCCGAAGCAUUCAAGCCGUCAUCGCCCGACUCAGUGAAAUCUCAGACGAAUCGCCAUCGUUGGCUCAUCACCAUCUUCUUCAUUGUGUUCUUGAUAAUUUCGUUACUGAUUUACUGUCAAAGAUACUACUACUACACUGCUACUACUGUUGUUGUUGAUGUUGAGAAGCCGUAUGUUUACCAGCGUGGACUUGUAAAAGUCGAUUCGACUUACCGUGAAGUAAUCGAUGAGAAUUUGAAUGUUUCGGAAAAUAUUAGUCGGAGGCAUUUUGGGAAUCCUGUUCUGGCUUAUAUUACUCCGUGGAAUUCAAAAGGCUAUGACCUGGCAAAGAAGUUCAGUUCUAAAAUUACGCAUUUGUCACCUGUUUGGUAUGAAUUGAAGAAUGAAGGAAGUAAAUUAGUUCUGCAUGGAAGACAUAAUGCUGAUAGAGGAUGGAUUUCAGACAUUCGAAUGAAAGGAAAUGCUCUGAUUUUACCUAGAAUUGUCCUGGAGGCGAUUCCGCUGGACUUGCUGAAGAAGAAGAAGCUUAGAGAGAAAGCAAUCAACCUUAUCAUAAUGGAGUGCAAGGAAAUGGAGUAUGAUGGUAUUGUACUUGAGUCCUGGUCAAGAUGGAUGGCUUAUGGCAUCUUGCAUAAUUCAGAUAUGAGAAAUCUGGCAUUGCAAUUUAUAAAGCAACUUGGAGAAGCUAUGCAUUCUGUGAACUUAGAAAGGAAUGGCAAGACAAAUCUGCAGUUAGUUUAUGUGAUAGGUCCACCACGUACAGAUAAGCUGCAGGAGCACGACUUUGGACCAGAAGAUUUACAAGCCCUUUAUGAUGCUGUAGAUGGUUUCUCUCUCAUGACUUAUGACCAUUCAAGUCCUUAUAAUCCGGGUCCCAAUGCACCUCUGAAGUGGAUACGCUCCACCUUGCAUCUUCUUGUGGGUGCUGGCAGCAAAAGUAGGAGAUUGGGUGAAAAAAUCUUUGUCGGCAUCAACUUCUAUGGCAACGAUUUUGUCAUGUCCGGAGGUUUAGGCGGGGGACCUAUCAUAGCACACGAGUAUCUCUCUUUGCUGGAGCAGCACAAGCCUGUAUUUCAGUGGGAGGAGAAUAGUGCUGAACAUUUCUUCUUGUACUCUGACAAUCAGAAUGUCCAGCAUGCUGUAUUUUACCCAACGCUCAUGUCACUUGCAAUGCGACUUGAGGAAGCUCGUACAUGGGGCGCAGGCAUAUCAAUUUGGGAAAUUGGUCAAGGUUUGGAGUACUUUUUUGAUAUUUUUUAGUGUUUUUAUCUUCACUUGGUGUCAGUGCCUAGCCUUACAUUUCCAUUUGUUUGAUUAAAUAGUCGAAAGGGAUUACGUUGCUACAGUUGUCAUGGAUUAGUUUUUGAAUCUAGAAUACGGCUCUAUGUUACCAUUUUCACUUCACUUGCAGUUUUCUUGUAUAUGAACUGUCUUAUUUUCUCUCUUUACACGUACCAGAACUACUGAAUUGUGGAACCUUCUUCAGUUUUUUACCAGGAAAAGGCCCAAAAGAUAUACCCCUAUCAUUUGUGAUGUAUUUUAUUUAUGCUUCUGUUUAUUUAUAAAAGUAUCUUCACCUUAAUAUAUCGUCUCAAAUAUGCCCCUUCAACUUGCAGUUUUCCAUUGCAGUGGUAUAUUUGAACUUUUUCGAUUGUUUAUGUAUAUGCUUUCAUUAUUACAGAGGGUUAUAUAUAAAUGAAUCUGAUAGCUUAGGGGUAAACUUGAAUUUCUUGUUUCUGUGCCUCUCCAUAAUACUAAAUGUCAGAGCCAAGCGGAUAACUGUUGAGGGAAAGCUAAAUAUGAGACAAAGCUGAGAAGAGCUAAAUAUGAGACGAAAUUAAUGGUGGACGGGCUUUGGUGGACCGGAAGCAAGGAAAAAUCUGAACAUGUUCCCUUUAGGACCUGCACCUUUUAUUUCCAAAACUUGGAAUAUAUUUCCUGGUCAUUUAUGCCAUAAAAGAGAAGAAAAAGAAAGCUGUUGGAAUGUAUUUUUUACGGAACCACAAUGCAUCUUCGUUCAUAUCACACGAAUCGGACAUUGCAUUGGAAAUUUGGGCAGUCAUUUGUACCAACAGUUAUAUUGAUUUCAGUCUAUCUAACUUUCGGUCAGGCUUAAUUUGUCGAGCAAUGUUUUCAUUCUGCCUAUUACUGAAUUCAGAAAGGCAGUUCUGGGGUACGCCUUGGUGUAAAAAGAAAAAAAAAGAAGAUAUUUCUCCUGUUUCAUUUUACGUGAUGAUAUUUAACUGGAUAUAAAUUUGUGAAAAUAUGAAUGAAAACAUUUAAGUAAUAGUAGUUAAAAAGUUUAAUAUAGUAGGUUUAAUAUCUCUUAGAAUGCAAAUUAUGACGACUAAGAAGGGAGAUAAGGGUCUAUUUUGGUGAAAAGAUAAAACUGUCCCUGCACAAGCCUUGAUAGUCAACUAAUGCAACAUAUGUUGACUCUACCAAUUACUACAUACAUUUGUUAAGGACAGGGAGACUGGUGAACAAGUCUUCAAACUAAUUUAUAUACAACUAACAAAUUACUUUUUCUCAUCAAUCUCAAAUUCAUAUUCAGAUCUGUUUAUUGCUGGCUAUAGCUUUAUUCGAGCAUAGUCAGCCAGUUUCUUGACUUUGCAUAACUGCAAAAAAAUGGGAGAAAACAGCUUUUGGGAGAGAGAAGUAGUGAUUACUGAGCUAACCAAGGGGAAGGAAUUGAUGUUACAACUGCAAAAACACUUUGAUCCCAUGAAACAGGACGUGUGCCGGUAUUUGGCUGCGGAAAUACUUUCUUCCUAUGAUAAAGCUAUGUCCCUCUUAAAUGGCACAGCUUUGUCAGGAAUGAUGAGCAAAAGUAAAGAGAUCAUUAAUCCAGCACCAUCUUCAUCAACUGCGCCCCAGCUGGAAUUUCCUCAACUUCUGGCUGAUAGUAGCACUAAGAGUUGUGACCUCCCCUCUAAAUUAAGGAAGAGGAAGACGCUGGCACCAAGGACAGAGUAUGUAGAAGCUCGACCCGGAGAAGAGGUUUCACCUAAAGAUGGACUUAAUUGGAGGAAAUAUGGACAGAAACUUAUCUUAGGUGCAAAAUAUCCCAGAGAAUAUUUUCAAUGUGUUUAUUGUCAUUGUGACGCUACUAAGAUGGUCCAGCAAAUCGAGAAAGAACCAUUAAGUUUUGAAGCUACCUAUGGAGGAAGUCACAGUUGUGGUCAAGAAAACAAAAACCAAAAUGAAGAAGUACUAGUUACUGUGGAAACACAAGUUGGAAGAGCAGCAGGGCAACUAUCUGAAUGCUACAUUCCUGAGAUGGUUUUAACCCAAAAUAAUUCAUAUAAAACGAAAUAUCCAUCUGAUAGUACAUACGAUACGAUCCUACAGUUAUUCUCAUAACAAUCGAGUUAUAUUCAUUUAUAAUCAAGUCAAUUCUAUUUUCUCAAA